AUGUUUUUCUCAAGUUCGUGCCCUGGCAGCGUCACGACCAACUUGAAGCCUCCAUUCCCACGACCCAAGAUCGUGGAAUCGACUGAGGACAAGACAAAAACCUCGAUUGCACCCAGAGACAACAACGACAACGACGACGAAGACAGCAAGAAGAAGAAGAAAAACAAGAAGAGGGAAAACAAGAAGAGCAAGACCAGCGAAAGCGAACCUUCACCUCCUAGUCGCCUAGUAUGGAGAAAGCUUCCCGCAGAAAUCCGACGGAUGAUUCUGGACGACCUCAUCAAUGAUCCCUCAAACAAGCCGGCGUUGUCGUCCUGGGCAAGUGUGUGUGCAGACUGGCAGGUCCUCAUUGAGGAACACACAUUCAAGUCUCUCCACCUCAAAUGGGAUGAUUCUCGUACGGAUUCUGAGCUUCCGACAUUCGAAGCCAUUGUCACCGGCCAUCGGCGGAGACUGCUCAAGAACGUCACCCUCGAGAUCAUGCUCGGUAAAUACAGUUGUUUGACCAUCAAGAAGCUCAUGAAGCACUUGACAGGCCUCGAACGCGUUGUCUACGAGCCCAUGCAAGCUGUCGGCAAAGACGUCAAGCAGCGCCAAAAGGCCAACACAGCUCUACUCCGGAAGCUGCCAUCCUCUAUAGAGUCGUUAUCUCUGUACGAAGCACGCUCAGAGUACCUAGAGAUGCAGCAAAUGGGCGUGUCAACUCCCCCAGAGGUGCGGACUGGCAAAAAGGUCGUGGCAGCCGCUGUGGCAGCCAGCUUGCGUUGCCGCAACCUCCAAGAACUUUCCCUGUCUAACGCAGUUGAUGCCGAAGACUUCUUUACGCGGGCUUUGGAAGAUCCGGCAGUGAAAGACACUUCGGGGGAUGCGCCCUGGCCGAACCUGAGGCGCGUGGCUCUCUCAACCCGAUAUGAGAGACGGGGGGACUCCAAGGUGUCACCCUAUCAGCUGCUCCGUGACGCGGCGAGCGUAGCCCUGCGUAUGCCAAAGCUGGAGACUAUGGAGAUCUGGGCUGAAUCUGAGUUGAGAAGAUUCUUGUUCCGGUACCAUGUCGAGGGCGACCAGGCGGUCAUAAGGGUAGAGAUUGACUCGGAAUAUUAUGAAGAGGGACUCUCCCUCCCACACCUCCCAUGCGCCAAGCUUGUAAAGGCAGUCGAAAAGACUCUGAAGAUGUGGCGAAAGGUUGCAGGCCCGCGUCGUCAGCUUUCGCAUAUAGUGGAAAGGGUUGACGGCCAGGCCGCGUAUUGGGACGACAGCGACGAUGAAGACGCUAUUUAUGACGAUGAAGACCAAAAGACGUGGCCGCCAGCACCGUCUGUCUGCGAAAGCCUUCGGCUGAAUGGCUUGGUACGGGAUGCCAGUGCGAAGCGGCGUUUCGUCUUUAAAGACUGGUAUUGA